AUGGCAUCGUUGGGCUAUCAUGCCGUCAUUGGGCCCAAGCCGUCGGUGAUGGACUUGCUGCGGCGAGGAAAAUGGACCGACAGCGGAUUGGUCAUUUUCAGCCGGCUGCCAAUUGCGGAGACGCGAUCAAUUCGCUUCGAGUCGGGGGCUGCUUUGGAUGCUGGUGCCUGCAAAGGUGCCAUGUGGGCGCGAGUGGAACUGGCGUCAGGACGAUAUUUGGAUGUGUUCAACUGCCACCUCCAAGCCUCACACACGGGCGCGGAUGGUGAGGUUUUCGAUCGGAUCCGCCGGUCGCAAUUAAAGGAGCUUCGAGAAUUCAUUGAGCUCGCUGGCACGGAACAUCCAUAUGUCCUCACUGGUGAUUUCAACGUCGACGCUAUUCCGGAACCCUCGGACCCCAUGGGCACGUACGGGAUACCCUUCCGCCCGCCACGCCAGGAGUCGGAGGACUACCAACGCCUCCUCCAUUCCCUGGACCCACGCGGACGGCUGGUGGAUCUCCUCUGUGGGCCUACGCCUCAAGAUCCCCUCGGGAAGGAGUCACCGUCAUUCCGGCACCAUCCUUGCACCCGACCACCGCGUUUGCGGAUGCCCUCCUCCGCAGGCUAUGUGGCGCGACAUAAGUACCCACAGCGGCUGGAUUACGUCUUCUAUCGACCUACGCUCACCUCACUGGUGGAGCAUGCUCACUCGGAUGUAGAGCCCUUUGAAGUGAGUGGUCAGCCGUUUGAAUAUCUGAGCGAUCACUUUGGCAUUCGAGCUCACUUUCGAUUCCGCUGCAGCUUCGCAUGGGCGCGCGACCCCCCCAAGUGUAAACCAAAUGAACCGUCGCUCCUGCGGAAGGCAGUGGAUGCCCUGUGGAAGCGAUGGUUCGAAGGAUCACUGCUGCUUGGCCUUUUGCCGGCAGCUUAUCUUCAAGUGCGGAAGGCAGAGCUCCUGCAAGACGUCCUUCGAAGGCCGUUCAGCAGACUUGGUGUCCCUCUCGCGCUCCAGCCUACUCUACUGCAGUACGGCUUCCCUCUGGCCUGCGCUGGCGGCUGUGGGCUGCUCUUAUUGUUUCGGCGACGCUUGCGCGAGGAGGAGCGGCCUCCUUUGGAGCGCACGCUUUCCAUGACCGCAGAGUUGGCCUCGUCAGCUUUCCGACGGCGGCUGCAGGCCCAGUCGGAACGGCCAGCCAAGACCAUUGCCUCCAGCCCCUACGACAGCUUCAAUGGAUCCGUGGAGUCCUACCGGCUACGGCCCUGCAUUGGGCGACGGCCUCUGAACUCGGAUGGUACUUUGGGAGAGUACACCUGGCUGAGCUAUGGUGAUGCACAGUUCGAAGUCCUGCGGAUCUCCUCAGGCCUUCACCGGAAGUUCGGACUCAAGCGCAACGCUCAGGUGGGCCUCUUAGGCGAUGCCUCGGCAGACUGGCUUCUCUGUGACUUGGCUUUGAUGCGCCUGGGUGCCAACACCGUCUGCCUCGCAGCCCCUGCUUCAAAUCCGACCUCGAGCACGACGGCUCCGGUGCCCAGCAGCGUGCAAGACCUAGAGCUCCUCCUGUGCUCCUCGGAUUGGGUGGAGUACUUCGUGGCUUCCAGGCGAAACGAGGAACUGCCCCGCUGUCCCAUUGUCACCUUCACGCCACUCACACCUCGCCUGGCGGCUAUGGCCCAGCACCGGAACCUGAAUGUCUGGGACCUACCCUUCAUCGCCAACUUUGGCGAGGUCGCCGGCUGGGUGCCCUAUGUAGGUGUCGGGGGCUUCGAUGUCAUGACGACCAUGUACCGUUCGAGGUCAGGAACGAAGAGUGAGCUGGCUGGGGUUUCGGUGAGCUUGAGGGGCUUGGCUAUGUGUGCUCAUCAGAUCCGCCAAGCACUGGGCCUUCGCAACGACGACCGGCACUUCAGCUACAUCUGGCCGGCCUUUACUGCGGAGCGAGUGGUGCUCCAUGCCGUGCUGGCUGCUGGGGGUGCCGUGGGCUUCUUUGGGGGAGUGCGCUCUCCGCGGAUCUUC